UACUUCCUCCACCAAACUCCAGCUCACAACACCAAGCAAUUUGGUCUUCGUUUCCUUUCUUCUUUUUCCUUCCUUUUCUUCUCUUUGCGUUUCUGCUCUGCUAGAAAUGAAUGGGGAAGGAACAGGGAGAGAUGAGAGAUUGAACAUGGAGGAAAUGGCAAAGGAAAAGUUUGUUUUUAUGUGGGGAUACCUUCCGGGAGCCUUGCCUCAAAGGGCGCCGAUUUUGUCGCCGGUGGUUGUGCGGCCCGAUGAAUACACUUGGAAGGACGUUUGCGGCGGCGGUUGCGGUUUCGCUAUGGCUAUUUCUGAGUCUGGAAAGCUCAUUACUUGGGGUUCAACAGAUGAUCUAGGUCAAAGCUAUGUGACUUCCGGGAAGCAUGGGGAAAUUCCUGAGCCUUUCCCUCUCCCAACUGAAUCUUCUAUCGUGAAAGCUGCAGCUGGUUGGGCCCAUUGUGUAGCAGCUACAGAUAGCGGAGAAGUUUACACCUGGGGUUGGAAAGAGUGUGUUCCCUCAGGGAAAGUAUUUGGUGAAUCAUCUGUACCAGGGGCAGUGGAAAGGGAUGUGAUACCAAGGCAGAGUCCGUUUUUAACAGAGCAAGUGAGUCCUCGCUCUCAAGGCUCAAGAUCUACUGGUGGAAUUGAUAGUCGUGGAAUUGGAGAUGAAAGUACGAAACGCAGGAGAAUUUCAUCUGUGAAACAAACUGCUGAAAGCUCAUCUUCCAAUGAUGAGACACUUUCAGCGUUUCCAUGUCUAGUAGCCUUAAAUCCAGGGGUGAGGAUUGCUACUGUUGCUGCUGGUGGCCGCCACACUUUAGCAUUGUCAGUUUCAGAUAUAGGACAGGUGUGGGGUUGGGGCUAUGGAGGUGAAGGGCAACUCGGUUUGGGCUCCCGGGUACGCAUGGUGUCCUCUCCUCAUCCUGUACAUUGUAUUAACUCUUCCUAUGGAAAAGAUAUAACUGGAGCACUUUCUCGAGGAGGCAUGGCUUCAGAGGGACAUGGUUAUAGAGUUCCUGGAAGUUAUAUCAAGGGAAUUGCCUGUGGAGGGCGACAUAGUGCAGUAAUCACAGAUGCUGGAGCACUCCUCACUUUUGGCUGGGGACUCUAUGGACAGUGUGGACAAGGGAGUACAGAUGAUGAGCUGAGCCCAAUUUGUGUAUCUGCAUUGUUGGGCAUACGGAUAGAGGGUGUUGCUGCAGGCUUGUGGCACACUGUUUGCAUUUCUGCUGAUGGUGAUGUUUAUGCAUUUGGUGGCAAUCAGUUUGGGCAAUUGGGCACUGGUACUGAUCAAGCGGAGACUACACCCAGGCUCUUGGAUGCUCCUUGUUUGGAAGAUGCACAUGCAAAAAUUAUCUCUUGUGGAGCUCGUCACACUGCUAUAAUCACAGAGGACGAGAAAGUGUUUUGCUGGGGGUGGAACAAGUAUGGCCAGCUUGGAUUGGGUGAUGUAAUUGACCGCAACAUUCCUUCGCCAGUUACUAUAGAGGGUUGUGUCCCUCGAAAUGUGGCAUGUGGCUGGUGGCAUACCCUACUUUUGGCCGAAUCACCUGCUUGAGUAGCUGACCUGUACAAGCCAUGGCACAGUUUUGUUAGGUUAGGUAUUCUUCUAAUUGAUGUCAGUGUUAAUGUAUAUGUAUAUACAAUAACUAGAAUACAUAUACAUAUGCUAGUUCUCAUUCUUCCUUGGUUCAGGUUCACCUAGUUAGUUUCUUUUAACAUUUUUAUAAGAGCUAUAUUUGUAAUUCAGAUGUAAAACAUAAUGUAGGUCCAUUGUGUACAUAUUUUCGCAGAAUUUAAAACUUAAAUGUAAUCAGAUAUGUAACAAAGCUAAUUGUUAUUGCGUGUUGGCUGUUCUGAA